GCUUUUAGCAUUUAUCCUCACUCUAUAUAUAUAUAUGCACUCAUCAUUUCUUGAAGGAACCAUUCAAGAACAAGAUGGUCCCCCGUACAUGUUAAAAAAAAAAUUAAAUCAUAAUCAUUUCUCUCUCUUUUUCUUUCUCUUUUUUUUUUUUUUGAAAUAAAAUCGUAACUCGUAUAAGUAGUUAUCGAAAGAACUCUAUAUAAGUCAUCAUCAUCAGCGAAUUCUCUUUUCUCACUGUACCGGGAUUUUGUUUACAAAUAUUCAUCUUCCACAACUCACAUCACCUUUCCCAAACAAAACCCUAGAUUUUCUCACCAACUCCUCUUUUUCCCGUUAAGAUAAAAGAAUCUUCGAAUCCCACUUCCUUGUUAAACAAUUCGAUUUUUCUUCUGCUUCCAAUUUUAUUAAUUCUUUUGAUUCGAAGCCCCAAUUUCACAUUUCGUAUUCUGUAAACCCUAGAUCCCAAUUUCUAUUUUGGGAAGUCUUGUUUACGUGUGUCUCUUUCUUGUUUUCUUCCUUUCUUUCCUCGGACUGGGCAUGGGUAAAGUGCUCCGUGAAACCGGUAAGCCCUCAUCGUCGUCUUCUUCAUCCGCCGCGGCUUCUCCUCCGGCGACUACUACCUCGACUUCCAUCACCGAGACCGUGAAUGGUACUCACCAUUUCAAGAUCAAUGGGUAUUCUCUUUCGAAGGGUCUUGGGAUCGGGAAGUAUAUAGCUUCUGAUACUUUCAAUGUCGGUGGGUACUCGUGGGCAAUUUACUUUUACCCCGAUGGAAAGAGUGCCGAGGACAAUGCAACGUAUGUGUCGCUGUUUAUCGCGCUCGCUAGCGAGGGAACUGAUGUGAGGGCGUUGUUUGAAUUGACACUUAUGGAUCAGAGUGGAAAGGAUAGACACAAGGUGCAUAGCCAUUUCGGGAGGAUGUUGGAGAGUGGGCCUUAUACGCUCAAGUACCGCGGCAGCAUGUGGGGUUAUAAGCGUUUCUUUAAAAGAACUGCCUUAGAGACUUCAGACUAUCUUAAAGAUGAUUGUCUAUCUGUAAACUGUAUUGUUGGUGUUGUGAAGUCACAAACGGAAGGACCUAAGAUCUACUCCAUAGCAGUACCACCACCCAACAUUGGUCAACAUUUUGGGCAAUUACUGGAAAGUGGGAAGGGAACUGAUGUUACUUUCGAUGUAGAUGGAGAAAAAUUUUCAGCUCACAAGUUAGUACUAGCAGCUCGAUCACCUGUAUUCAGGGCCCAACUUUUUGGUCCUAUGAAGGAUCAGAACACCCAAUGCAUAAAAAUUGAAGACAUGGAGGCUCCAGUCUUUAAGGCUUUACUUCAUUUUAUAUACUGGGACUCGCUGCCUGACUUAGAGGAGCUUACUGGCUUGAACUCGAAAUGGGCUUCUACUUUAAUGGCUCAGCAUCUACUUGCUGCAGCAGACCAGUAUGAUUUGGAAAGGCUCAGGUUACUAAGCGAGGCAAGUCUCUGUGAGCAUGUUGCUAUUAACACUGUGGCAACAACGUUAGCUUUGGCAGAGCAGCAUCACUGCUUCCAGUUAAAAUCCGUGUGCCUCAAAUUUGUUUCAAUGCCUGAAAAUUUGGGAGCUGUGAUGCAAACCGAUGGGUUCGACUACUUGAAGGAAAGCUGUCCUUCCGUCAUAACCGACCUUUUGCAAUACGUAGCCAGUGAGCAUCACUCUACUGUAUUCAGGCUUGGGAAUGAGGCUAUUCUUGAUGGCAGCGAUAUAAAUGGUAGGCGGGUGAAACAAAGGCUAUAGAAAUUGUAUGCCUUUUGUUUUUGCUGGUUUUUUUUUUCACCCAAUUUUUGUGUAGGCAAAAAGAUGGAAAAGCAAAGAGAGCAAAAGAGAGAAAGAAAAAAGUUGCAAAAAUUAUUUUUAGGAUUAGAAAUAAUGUACCUAGCUCUUUAGUUUUAUCAUUGUAUUGAAUGUUGGUUUGCAAAUGUAAUGUGGAUGGUUUUAAUUUCCUGUAUUGUUUCGAAUUACUACUCGUAGAAAAGAAAAAGAAAAAUGUUCAUAA